GCGGGAACCUGCCCCGCCGCAAGGUAGUGAGGUGGCUUCAGUCCGACCCAGCUGCUCCCGGGUCCCCGGGAUGCCGAGGCCAGACCCCGACACCCCGCCUCUCUGAGCGGGUCUCGGCGCAGGAAGCACAGAGGGGGGCCAUGGCUGAGUGCCCCGAGCCCGGGCAGUUGGCGGCCGCGGGCGGCGCUCUCCUGGACGGCGAGGACGAGGAGCGCGAGCCGCUGCUGCCGCGGAUCGCCUGGGCCCAGCCGCGGAAGAGCGCCCCGGGGACCGCCGUGAGGAUGGUCGAGGCUGCCGGGAAGGAGGGCGCGGCCUCUCUCAGGACCAUCGACGAGGACGUGCUGUUCGGACCCAACGACUCGCCCCGCUGUUCCUCCCUGGACGUGGGGCUCCCGAGGAGCUCGCCCACCCACCCGGACUUCGGCCGCUCCCUGGGUUCAGUAAAUGUUGGUUCUUCAGAGUUGAAUUCAUUCUUGGAUGAUCCAGGGUUUGCUGAUACUGUAUGGAAAGCAGAGCAAGCAAUAGAAUUUGGAGUUCUUCCAGAAAGAAUCUCUCAAGGUUCAAGUGGAAGUUACUUUGUGAAGGAUCCUAAGAGGAAAACUAUUGGUGUGUUUAAACCCAAAUCGGAAGAGCCUUAUAGUCAACUGAAUCCAAAAUGGACCAAAUAUAUUCAUAAGGUCUGCUGCCCUUGCUGCUUUGGCAGAAGCUGCUUGGUUCCUAACCAGGGAUACCUUUCUGAAGCUGCUGCCUCCCUAGUGGAUGAAAAGCUUCAUCUGGGCAUUGUACCAAAAACAAGGGUGGUUUGGCUUGGCAGUGAGACAUUUAACUACAGUACAAUUGACCGUGCAAAAGCUAGAGGCAAAAAGUAUGCUUUAGAGAAAGUGCCAAAAGUAGGUAGAAAAUUUCACCGAAUAGGACUCCCUCCUAAGAUUGGUUCCUUUCAGUUAUUUGUUGAAGGUUACAAGGAGGCUGAAUUUUGGCUUAGGAAAUUUGAAGCUGACCCUUUGCCUGAGAAUACUAGAAAACAAUUUCAGUCGCAAUUUGAAAGAUUAGUGAUUUUGGAUUACAUCAUCAGAAAUACAGACAGGGGAAAUGAUAAUUGGUUAAUCAAAUAUGAAAAGAAGAAAAAUGGAAAGGAAAUUAAGGAAGCAGAAUGGGUUGAUGAGAAAGAAUCGCUUAUUAAAGUAGCUGCAAUUGAUAAUGGUCUAGCAUUUCCUUUUAAACAUCCUGAUGAGUGGAGAGCAUAUCCAUUUCACUGGGCUUGGCUUCCUCAAGCAAAAGUUCCUUUUUCUGAAGAAACAAGAAACUUGAUUCUACCAAAUAUUUCUGACAUGAAUUUUGUGCAAGAUUUAUGUGAAGAUCUCUAUGAACUUUUUAAGGAGCAUAAAUUUGUGAAGUUACACUUAACUACUGACAAAAGAUUUAACAAAGCCACUUUUGAAAGUCAGAUGUCUGUGAUGAGGGGCCAGAUCUUAAACCUGGCCCAGGCUUUGAGGGAAGGGAAGAGUCCUGUCCAGCUGGUACAGAUGCCUUGUGUGCUUGUGGAACACAGUCCAGGGAGAACGAAGGGUCGGGUUUCCCAGCUCAACAGUUCCUUCACCCAGAGCUUCCACUGCAGGAAGCCUUUUUUUACCUCCUGGUAGCACAUAUAAGAGAACAAACUGUUGGCAUCAUUGUGUUGUUAAAAUGCUUCAUUUGCCAAAGCCUCAAGUAAUACAAGUCUUUAAAAGGUUAUGUUUUGAAUGUAAUCAAAAGUUUACAGUUUUUUGUCCAAAUAUUAAAUUCUUAUUUCAGGGAAAAAGUGCCAUAUCUUCUAUGUAGUAUUUUUGUAGGAAAACUUGUACUUGGUUGUUGAUGUUAGUUUAAAAGGUAAUUUCAUGGUUUACACAUUCUGAAAUGACUAAUUACUUUAGAAUUCCAAAUAGAAAAAUAAGGUACUUGUUGACUUUGAAUAAAAUAACUUUUUAUAUACUUUUUAAACAUGGAGAAGAAUGUUCGUGUUAACUCUUCUUACAUUAUAAAGGCCUUCUGAGUGUAAAACUGGUCUUCUGAACUCUAAUCGAUUCAUUAAUAGAAAAACAGGUAAGAAUAAAGCAAUGCUGCCUUAAUUAAAAAGCUGCUAUUUUAGAAUUUGAAUAAGUGCCCCUAAAGUGACCAAUGUGAGGGACCAGAAAAGUAUAUCUUGGUUAAGUAAUAGAUGACCAUUUUCUUUUUUGUACUUAAGAAUAUUUUUGCUCAAUUAUAUAACUAUAGUGAGAAAAAGAUCUAAAGAUAUCACCUUUAAAAAAUGGAAACACUCAACUGAGACUUGAGGGAAGUUAUAUAAAAUUAUAGUAGAUUCAUAAUGUUUUUGAAAUUCCAAAGUAGCAUUAAAAAUUCGUUUUUGUUCUUUGCAUCAGAUCAAUUACAUAAUAAAUUAGUGCUACCCCAAAAUACUAGUCUCUUUUAAUUUAGUACUUUGGUUAGUAUUAAACUUCACUGAAAAUUAAACCAUACCUCAAAUUGCAUGUCAGAUUGUAUUUUAGGGACCUAGGACAUAAACUAUUAAAAAAUAAUAGUAGCAUGCCCAGUGUGUGUGGCUUAGUAAUUGAACAUUGACCUAUGAACCAGGCGGACAAGGUUCGAUUCCCUGUCAGGGCACAUGCCCCGGAUUACAGUCUUGAUCCCCAGUGGGCAGCAUGCAGGAGGCAGCCAAUCAGUGAUUCUCUUUCACCAUUGAUGUUUCUGUCUUUUUCUUACUCUCCCUGCCUCUCUGAAAUCAAUAAAAAAUAUAUAUUUUAAAAUAACAGUAGUGUUUUAAGGGACUUGACAAUCUCAAUGUCAUAAUUACAGUCAAAUUUAGAAUAUCAGCCCUAAUUAAAGUGGACCAUAACAGAGGUAAUCACAAAAUCAUUUAUAUUUGAUUUUACAUAUCAAUAUGUCUGACAUCAUGGGAAUUUGUAGCACUUAUAACUCACCAAGUGAUUUAAAUUAAGAUGAACCCAAUGUGAAGAUGUAGUUCCAAAGAAGCAGAAGUUUCAUUCUCUUCUUCAGGCUCCAAACAAAUAACACCACCUCUUGGACUAAACUGGGUGGUUUGUGGUCGUGGCCAUGAUGAGUUGAGAGUACUGCUGUCCAAGUAGAAAUGUUCUCCUACCUCCACCCACCCUUCAUCAUCGAAAGGUUGAGGUGAUGGAAAACUGGAAGCUUAAAGCCCAAGCUACUAUCUUUAGAUAAAUACUACUCAUUGAAAUGUGCCUUUGAAGAUGUGUUCUAAAAGAACUAAGUUGUUAUGAUGUAGGUACUGCUUUCAUAACAUGGUUGUUUUCAGUAUUUUGAGAAUUGCGAUAUUAAUUUUUAUAAUGAAAACUUUAGUAAAUUGCUACAGUUUUAUAUCCUAAAAUUAAAACAGUGUGUAAAUAUUUUUUAAAGGUCUGAUCAGGCCAGAAAAGUUAAGUUGAAAUAUUUAAGAUGUGAUUAUAAGUCAGAGUACAUUGGUUAUAUUUUGUAAAUUUUCAUGAACUUAAUUGUUAUUUAAAUGUUGUGUUAAUUUUUUCAGUGAGUAUGUUAUAGUGUCAAAUGGUAGACUAAAGGGAAUAAAAACCAUCAUUGUCUUAA